AUGAGUUUUGGUCCCAACAUCACCACUGGGCGAACCACUUCCCCCUCUGCCCACGUUCCCACACCCUGUGGCAGCUGCCACCACAACCUGCCCCACCCUGGAAAUGGAGAGAGGGGAUUGGAUGACCUGGGCCUCGAGGGAACCCUUCUCACAGACAUCCUCUACAGGAACGUGGCCUUCCUUAAUCUGGUGGACCCCAUUUCCCACGACCUGCUUGUGAUCCUGGCCCGGGACCUGCAGUGCCCCAAGUCGGACUAUGAGCUCUGGAAGUCCUUGGACAAGAUCUGUCGGUAGCUCAUCUACCACCUCACCCCUCACUCCAAGCGGCAGCGAGGGUCCAGCUUGCCCCAGAGGAAGACCCAGAGCUGCCUCAAGAGCAGCCUCCAGAGGACUCUGCUGGCGGGGGAGACCGUGAACCUGUCAGGGAUCCCGCUGUCAGCGCAGGACGUGCAGCACAUCACGCGCUACCUGGGCAGCCGGGGCGCCGGGCUCGCGGUGCUGGACCUGAGCUUCACAGGGCUGAGUGACGAGCUGCUGCGCCGGCUGCUGCCCAGCCUCUGGACGCUGCCCCGCCUCACCCAGUUCCUGCUCAACGGCAACCGGCUGACCCGGGCCGCCACCCGCGAGCUCACCGAGGCUGUCAAGGACACCAGCAAGUUCCCGGUGCUGGCCUGGGUGGACCUGGGCAACAGUGUGGACGUGGCCUCCCUGCCCCAGCCCCUGCUGGUCGGCCUGCGCCGGCGGCUGAGCCAGUGCACCUCGCUGCCCACCAUCUACGAGGGUAGAGACCUGGAGCCUGAGGGCGACAUGGCUGUGGCCACAGCCGUUGCCUCCACCUGGGACUCUGCAGCUGCUGGACCAGGGCCCAAGCCUCAGGCCUGCUGCACCAGGUGAACUGCCACCCACCCUGGUACCUGCUUCCUGACUGGCAAUGCUCCCGAGCAUGUUUGAGGGGGUGAUAGAGGCCCCCAGCACCCCCCCACCCCGACCCCAGAUCCAGUGCAGAGGCUUAGCCUGGGAUUCAUGGCACAGAGGAGGAUGGGCUUGUUGGAGGCCAGAUGGUCAGUCCAGGCUGGAGCCUCAGCCUUCCCUCAGCAGGAGGGGCCUGGCACCUGCUGUGCAGACCCCGCAAUAAAGGGUGAUGCCCCCUCUG